GAUGCAAGAGAGUCAUAGACUACGCGGUAAAAAUAAGGGUUAACGCCGCAAAGACUGCUGUAGAAACUGCCAGUGUAAAACACUCGCUCAAUCCAUUUGAUGAAAUUGCAGUCGAGGAAGCAAUCAGGUUGAGAGAGCGUAUGGGUCAGGACAAGGUAUCCGAGAUUAUCGCUUUGUCUUGUGGCCCACCGAAGAGUCAAGAACAGUUGAGAACUGCCUUGGCCAUGGGGGCCGAUAGAGCCAUACACGUUGAGGUCGCCGAAAACCAAGUAUUGGAACCUUUGGGUGUGGCUAAAUUAUUUAAGGCUAUAGUGGAGAAGGAAAAUCCGAACUUGAUAAUCUUGGGAAAACAGGCAAUUGACGAUGAUGCCGGUCAGACUGGUCAAAUGCUGGCAGGCCUGUUGAAUUGGCCUCAGGCUACCUUUGCUUCGAAGGUUGAGGUCGGCGAGGAUAAGAUCACUGUAACACGUGAAGUGGACGGAGGUAGCGAAGUAAUUAGCAGUAAACUACCAGCUCUUGUGACCACCGAUUUGCGAUUAAAUGAACCUCGAUUCACAACACUCCCGAAUAUCAUGAAAGCCAAGAAGAAACCUUUAACUAAAUACACUCUUAAGGAUUUAAAUGUGGACGUUAAUCCAAGAUUGGAGGUUCUUUCCGUGACGGAACCACCAGUUAGAAAAGGUGGCACCACGGUCGAUUCUGUAGAUGAUCUGAUCUCUAAACUAAAAUCGACUGGUGCUUUGUAA